CAAGUCCUCGAGGACGUGUACGGGGAUCCGCGAACCGGGGUGAAGAGGGCGGCCACGAAUAUAAAGUUUUCUGUUGCAGCACAACAUACACAUGGUGCUAGCAACGGCAACCACCAUCAAAACACGACUCUUACCCCCAAAAAUAAGACGACGACUACCACCGCCACGACGACCUGUGGGCACCCCUUCGGGCUUUUUCUGUGUUGGAAGCUGCAGCUGAUUGCGUUUUGCAAGGCCGACGUGAAGGGAAUUGAUAAGUUCGGGGACAUUUUCCGCGCACUGCGGCGGUA